AUGACAGAUCGAUAUAAAUCAUUUAAUAUAAUUCAUCAUCUACGUAAUGAAGCAUUGAGAUAUAAUCAUUGGAAUUAUAAUCGAUCGAAAUAUUUACAAAAUCGUUUCGAUUCAUAUUCAAAAUUGUAUUGUCAAGAUGGGAAAGGUCAUUCUGGUUGUGUAAAUGCACUUGAUUUUUCUUCGGAUGGUCUUUUUCUUGCAUCAGGUGGUGAUGAUAAACGAGUACUUAUAUGGAAUAUGGGUGAAACACUGUUUAAUCAAACAAAUUGUUCACCAAUAGUAUUAAAUGCAACACAUUUGAGUAAUAUUUUUUCAAUUAAAUUUGAUAAUCAAAAUAAACGUAUUAUAUCAGCAGGGAAUGAUGAACAAAUUUUAGUUCAUGAUAUUGAAAAACAAAGUCAUGGAUUGAAUGGUAGUCAUUCAGAUGAAUUAGUUGAUGUUUUUCUUGAAUCAUCACCAAUCAAUUCUCUAUCUAUACAACCAGAACAUAAUGAUGUAUUUAUAGCAGCAACUGAAGAUGGUCAUGUUCAUUUAUAUGAUUUACGUUCUGCUUCAUCGGCAGCAGAACAUGAUCAACCAUCAACUGUUGUUGCUGAAUCAUUCGAUGGUUCAUAUCAUUCAUGUGCAUUUCAUCCACAACAAACAUGUUUAGUAGCUACAGCUAAUGCUCGACAAGGCAUUGAAUUAUAUGAUAUUCGAUUGUGUAAAAGUUCUGUACUUCGUUAUGGUGCACCAACAAGUUCAACACGUAGAAUAUCGACUGAUGAUAAUGAUAAUGGUAUUGAAGGUAUGAGUGUCACAUUUAACAGAGAUGGUAGCCUCUUAUAUGCUCUUCGACGUCGAUUGCCUCCUGUACUCUUCAAACUCAAUCAGGCACAAGCGUUUUGUCAAUUUGACGCCGACAAUUAUGUAAAUUUAUGUACAAUGAAGUCAGGUUGCUUUGUUGGUGAUCAUGAUCAAUAUAUUGCAUCAGGUUCCGAUGAUUUUAAUGUUUAUAUUUGGCGUAUACCAGACACUGAUGAAGAUACAGUGCAAUGUCAAUCUCGUUCACAUUUAAAUUCAGAUCAUUUUGUAUGGAAUGCUCAUAUGAUUUUGUCUGGACAUCGAUCUGUUGUUAAUCAAAUUCGAUAUUCAUCUCGUAUGCAUACAUUAGUAUCAAGUGGCGUUGAAAAAAUUAUCAAAAUGUGGACACCAUAUCGUACUCGUAAUAAUAUUACUAAUAAUACUAAAUUCAAUGGACGACAAGAAAUGUAUACACAUCGGGAUUAUCUUCGUGCUGUAUUAGAAUCAGGUUCUGUACAUCAUGAUUCAUCAGUGGAACGAUAUGAUGAAGAUAAACGUAUGCUCGCAUUUUUUGAUUCACUCCUUCAACGUGAACUUAGGCAUGGCCAUAUGGAUGAUGAUGAUAUCAGUGAUGAUGAUAGUGAUAGCGAUGAUUUAUCAUCUAUUAUUGAUUCAACUGAUGAUGAUGAUGAUGAUGAUCUUUCAUCAAGAAAUAGUCCAUCAGCAGAUGAAACUGAAGAACAAGUUACACUUGAAGAAAUUAAUAGUCAGAUAACGAAUCCUACUGAUUUACCAGCAAAUUCAAAUAAUCUAUCAGAGGAAACUUCAACAUCUCAUCCUCGUCAUCCAACAAUAGUAUCUCUUGCUAAGAAUUAUCGUAUUCAUUAUAUUCAAAAGAUAAAACAACUAACAGGAUUAACAUCAACUCAAUCAGAAAAACGUUCAUUAGAUUCACCAACAAUAACAGAAGUUAAACGUCAACGUUCAUCAUCAUCAUCGAAUUAUAAUAGUACAUUACAAACAUUGAGAAAUCGUAUUCAAAAUGAAGAAAGUGAACAAUUUUAUUUUAAUGAUGAAAGAAGAAUGUGA